UGGGCUUAUCUUUGUUUCGCCAUCCGCUCGUCUUACCUGCCUUUGGGCCCGGUCCUUUGGAUCCUGAGUGGAGCUAAGCCGCGAUUGUGAUGGGAAAAGGGUUUAUCCCCUUUGGGGAUUCCCCAUUUCUUCGUUUCGUCAUCCGCUCGUCUUCUUCGCCCUUUAGCCCGUUCCUUUGGAUCAUGGGCUGAGCUAGGCCGCGAUUGUAAUCGGAAACAGGUUUAUCCUUUGAGGAUUCCCCGGUGCCCCUCUAUAUUUUUUUGAGGGGUCUUUGAAUAUGAUGAUGGCACCGUACUUGGGGGUCGGUGGCUAUAUAAAGGUGUCGGCGUUGGGGCCGAUCUCUAAGAAUCAAUCAACGGUCCUCAUCUGCGAGGAGCAGGGACGAGGCCGGUCUUCAAGUAUGAUGAUGGCACUGUACCUGGGGGUCGGUGGCCAUAUAAUGAUGUCGGCACUAGGGGCCGAUCUGAAAGAAUUAAUCAACGGUCCUCAUCCGCAAGGAUCGGGGAUGAAGUCGGUCUUCAAAUAUGAUGAUGGCACCGUACCAGGGGGUCGGUGGCCAUAUGAUGAUGUCGACACUGGGGCCCGAUCUGAAAGAAUCAAUCAACGGUCCUCAUCCGCGAGAAGCGGGGAUGAGGCCGGUCUUCAAAUAUGAUGAUGGCACCGUACCAGGGGGGUCGGUGGCCACGAAAUGAUGUCGGCACUGGGGGCCGAUCUGAAAGAAUCAAUCAAUGGUCCUCAUCGCGCGAGGAGCGGGGACGAGGCCGGUCUUCAAAUAUGAUGAUGGCACUGUACUAGGGGGUCGGUAGCCAUAUGAUGAUAUCGACACUGGGGGCCGAUCUGAAAGAAUCAAUCAACGGUCCUCAUGCGCGAGGAGCGGGGAUGAGGCCGGUCUUGAAAUAUGAUGAUGGCACCAUACCAGGGGGUCGGUGGCCAUAUGAUGAUGUCAGCACAGGGGGCCGAUCUGAAAGAAUCAAUCAACGGUCCUCAUCUGCGAGGAGCGGGGACGAGGCCGGUCUUCAAAUAUGAUGAUGGCACCGUACCAUGGGGUCGGUGGCCACGAAAUGAUGUCGACAUUGGGGGCCGAUCUGAAAGAAUCAAUCAACAGUCCUCAUCCGCGAGGAGCGGGGACGAGGCCGGUCUUCAAAUAUGAUGAUGGCACCGUACCAGGGGGGUCGGUGGCCAUGAAAUGAUGUCGGCACUAAGGCCGAUUUCUGAGAGAAUCCAUCAACGGUCCUCAUCCAUGAGGAGUGAGGACAAGGUCGGUCUUCAAACAUGCUCGUCAAACGGCCCUCGGCCGUGAUAGUCUUCUUGAGGUCCUCGGCCUCCUGGUGGAUAUACUCGUCGCACAGCCCUCGGCCGUGAUAGACUCCUUGGGACCCUCGGUCUCCUCUAGCCAUGAACGCCCCGACCAUGAACAUCUUUGCGCUUCAUGCUGAACGUCGUUGACCCCUCCGCUCAAGUCUAUCGAACGACUUUGAAUGAUUCUGUCAACGUUGCCGGUCAUGAACGUCUCUGCGCUUCAUGCCGUCAUUGAUCUCCCCGCUCGAAUUUAUCGAACGGCUUUGCCUGAUUGUGAUUUCUUCAUUUCUCUGCCAGUCAUGAAUGUCUUCGCGCUUCAUGCCAUAUAACAUGGGUCUCCCAGCUCGAGUAUAUCGAAUGGAUUCCACUGCACAAUAAGCAUGGUAACAAGGCUAUAUGGCCCGACAACAUAUAUACACAUGUAAAGCAGUCAUUUUUUAUGUUCAUUAACAUCGGCAUGAACAAUCAUAAUAGUAAUACGGCUGCACGGCUGAACAACCCAUACGAUGUACAUGUAUAGCCCCUUGGCCUGGAUUUAUUUGCCGUACUGGGUACAGUUGCCGUUCGGGCACUUGAUGCCGAACGGAACCACAAAUGAUUUCUAAAUUAAAAUACGUCGUCGGGCAAUGCCCUUGAGAGACGCUUCUGUCAACUGACUUGGGCUGAUCGGGAGUUGUUUGAUACGCCCACUCAAACCACACAUUUAAUUAAAAUGUUGGUGGACUUGUUAAUAAAGUUUUGUUCGACACUAUUUUAUUCGGGGUGUUCUCACCCCUAACAAAUAACGGUGAUGUGCAAAAAUAAUAGCAAUAACACUAUAUAAAGCCAUUAAUAUUCUAAUGUAGUAGCACUUGAUGCUGAUCGGAGGCGGGUCGACUACUAAUUUACGUCGAUCAGGGACGGGCCAAUAGGCCCACCUAAACCGGACAUUUAACUUCAAAAUGACGGUGAAUAUCAUUGGAGUUUCCCUCGACAUUAUUUAACUCGGGAUAUUUUAAUUCCUAAUGAAUAAUAGUGAUAAAAGCUGAUAGCAAUAAUGUUAUUUGAAAUUAAUUGCCAGUGAGGAAUUGGAUACUUAGCUUUUGAAAUGGAGCUUUAGACUUUUCGAGAUUUCCCUCAAGUUAGACUGGGUUGCCCAACAAUUUCAAUUUUGGUCAAAGUCCUCCACAAGAUUCACAAUCCCCUGGUUGCGCCACCUCAAUUGCUACUGUACGUGUUCAAAACCUUUCAAUUUGAUCCGACCUGCUUAAAGCAAAAACCUUUCCAAACUUCUCUUCAGGUCCAUAUAUAAUAAACCGAUGCUCUGUUUUCUAUGUAAUAAACCGGUCCAGUUUUCUUUGAUUACUAUCUGAAAAGUGAAAAUGUGCAGUAGCUGCUGCAAGUCCAGGAAACAGAGCAUGCUGAGUGAUAUUUUUGUGGGUUAGGAAUUGCAGAUCAGCCCGUUGCUUUGGAGUAUGUCGUUUCUUCAGGGUGUAUGAGGGAGGCUGCUGAUCCAUUGAGGAAUGAAUAGGAUCAAGUCAUCCUCCGUGUGGUUUUAGGAUGUUGUUAGAUCACCCCCUCCCUAUUUGAUAUGGUGUUAUUUUGCGGGUUUGUAUCAUCAGUUUAUGUAAAAACAUUCUGAAAUAAUGAGGAACAGGUAUGAAAAAAGGGGGUCACCGGUCACCCUGUUUGACCCCCCUCUGUGGCUCAAGAAGCCUUGGGGUCUGCCGUCUCAAGAAAGGUCCAAGAGACCCUGGAAAAAGCCUGGAUUAAAUCCAGUUUUACCUGCCCUCCCACCUUUUGAUUAAUGUGGGCCAGUAGGAUGUUUUACUACUUGAUCAGUAUGAAAAAAGGGGGUCACCCUGUUUGACCCCCCUCUGUGGCUUGAAGAAGCCAUGGGGUCUGCCGUCUAAAGAAAGGUCCAAAAGCCUUGAUCAAGUCCAGUUUGACCUGCGAUCUUUGGGGAGGAUUUGGUUUUGGGAGAUUAUUUUAGUCUUUAUUGCGAUCAAUGGGGAUUGGGUAGGAAAUAUGGAUGUCAACAACUUCUAAAAAAUGGGCCCUCCAACUGAAAAAAUGUGCCCUCCAAAUCAGUGCAGUAGUGUUGUUUUGCGUCAAACAAAUCAGAGUAGACCUGCUAACGUUUUAGCCAAUGUUUUUGAGAAUAUUUCCAAAUAAUUCUUUCUUCCAUUUUUCUAAACCACUUUAAAAUCAGACAACAAUGAGCAAAAUCACUUUGAAUUUCAACGGUGCUAGAUUGCAGUAGUCUUGGUUAAUUUCAAAACAUUGUUUAGUUCGGUGAGUUAUGUAAGGUUUCGUCGGGGGUUAGUGUCUGUUUUUUGGUUCCGUUUUUGUUCGGUGUUAUGUUCGGUGUUAUGUUCGGUGUUAGGUUCGGUGUUAGGUUCGGUGUUAGGUUCUGUGUUGGGUUCGGAGUUGGGUUCGGAGUUGGGUUCGGAGUUGGGUUCGGAGUUGGGUUCGGAGCGAGGUUCGGAGCGAGGUUCGGAGCGAGGUUCGGAGAGAGGUUCGGAGCGAGGUUCGGAGCGAGGUUCGGAGCGAGGUUCGGAGCGAGGUUCGGAGCGAGGUUCGGAGCGAGGUUCGGAGCGUGGUUCGGAGCGAGGUUCGAGGUCGAGGUUCGAAGUCGAGGUUCGAAGUCGAGGUUCGAGGUUCAGAGCGAGGUUCGAGGUCGAGGUUCGAGGAUCGGUUUUAGGUUCGAGGUUCGGUUUUAGGUUCGGUUUUAGGUUCGGUUUUAGGUUCGGUUUUAGGUUUGGCGAAAGAUUUUUGAGCUUUAAAGAAGAAUUUUUAGCUUUACAAUUUCUUCGGAUCAGCUUGAGAUGAUGAAAUCAAAAUUUGAAUAAGAGCUCAGAUUAAGGAGGGAAUGGUACACAUAGAUGACCUCCAAACGUAGCUCGGAAACUUCCCCAAGCCAAAGGAUUUCGCACAAAUCUACGUUUUUGCAAAAGUGAGAUUCUGUUUUGGUUUGGUUUGAGGUUCGGAUUGACUCAUGUUCAGUUUGGAGUCAGGUCUGGUCUAAGGUUCGUUUUGAGGUUCGGUGUUGGCACAAAUCUACGUUUUUGCAAAAGUGAGAUUCUGUUUUGGUUUGGUUUGUUUUGUGGUAUGAAUGGACUCAGGUUUGGUUCGGAGUCAGGUUUGGUUUAAUGUUCGUAAAUUCUGUUUUAGGUUUCAGUUUUUGGUUCUCUUUUGUUGUUUAGGUUUGACUCUUUGUUUGGUUUUUGGUUGUGGUAUGGGAGUUUGGUUAGGUUCGGAGUUAGGUUCGGAGUUAGGUUUGGUUAAGUCUGCGUCAUAGAUUCGGUUGUAGUAGGUCCGGAGUUAGGUUUGGAGUCAGAAAGGUUCGUUUGGGGUUUUAGGUUCUGUGUAAGGUUCAGAGUUAGGUUAUUUUUUGUUUUUAGGUUCGUUUGGGGUUUUAGGUUCUGUGUAAGGUUCAGAGGUUAUUUUAAAACUAGGUAUGGACCCGGGCCGGUCCCGGGUGGGCUUUUUUUGUUGAACGAUGGGUCUGGAACUGGCCCAGGGCGAUAUCGGGUCCAGUCCGGGUUGGUCCUACCUGGCCGGGUUGUGGGCUGCUUCGGGCCGGACCAGGCUUGGGCUAGUUUUUUUUUUUUUAAUUCAGAUUAGUUGGGCAAAAAAAUUUAAACUGUAAUAAUUUGAAAUAUGAAACAAUUGGAAAUUUUGAAUUGGAGAUUUUGAAUUAACUAACAAUAAUUUACUAGUUUUUAUAGUAGAUUAAUAAAUGCAACAAUUAACUAGUUUAUUAAAUUUAUUCGAUGCCACAUAUUUAAUUUUAUUGCAUGUAGCGUGCAUAUAUUUUUAUACACCAAGUACAAUACAAAAUAUUUUGAUAUUACUUUUAUUUGAGUUAGGGGAAAAUAAUUAAAAUACCCCAAACUUUGAAGAGGUGUGAGAUAAACACCCCAAACUUGCAUACGUAAUUUAAAUACCUCAAACUUUAUAUAAAAAAUUAAUGUAGCACCAUGAUCAAGUAUUAUUUCUUUCAAAAUUAAUCAUUUUUUGUGUUUAUAAUAUUUUGGAGUUAGGUUCGGUGUUAGGUUCGGAGUCAGGUUCGGAACGAGGUUCUGAGCGAGGUUCGGUUGUAGGUUUGGUUGUAGGUUCGAGGUUAGGUUUUAGGUUCGAGGUUCGGUUUUAGGUUCGAGGUUUGGUUUUAGGGUUAAGGUUUUGGUCUUAGGUUCGGUUUUAGGUUUGGUGAAAGAUUUUUGAGUCUUAAAGAAGAAUUUUUAGCUUUACAAUUUCUUCGGAUAAGCUUGAGAUGAUGAAACCAAAAUUUGAAUAAGAGCUCGGAUUAAGGAGGGAGUGGUACACAUAGAUGACUCCAAACGUAGCUUGGAAACUUCCCCAAGCCAAAAGAUUUCGCACAAAUCUACGUUUGUGCAAAAGUGAGAUCCUGUUUUGGUUUGGUUUUAGGUUCGGAUUGACUCAUGUUCGGUUUGGAGUCAGGUUUGGUUUAAGGUUCGUUUUGAGGUUCGGUUUUAGCACAAAUCUACGUUUUUGCAAAAGUGAGAUUCUGUUUUGGUUUGGUUCGUUUUGAGGUUCGGAUGGACUCGGGUUGUGUUCGGGGUCAGGUUUGGUUUAAGGUUCGUAAGUUCUGUUUUAGGUUUCAGUUUUUAAUUCGGGCAGAGCUAGUUUCGUUUUUCUUUGUUUAGAUUUGGGUUAAGUUCUUUUGUUGUUUAGGUUUGACUUUUGGUUUGGUUUUUGGUUGUGGUUUGGGGGUCUGGUUUGGUUCGGAGUCAGGUUCGGAGUUAUGUUUGGUUAAGUCUGGGUCAUAUAUUAGGUUAUAGUAGGUCCGGAGUUAGGUUUGGAGUCAGAAAGGUUCGUUUGGGGUUUUAGGUUCUGUGUAAGGUUCAGAGAUAGGUUAUUUUUUGUUUUUAGGUUCCAGGCCAACCCAGCCUUCCAUCUCAUCACCUAUUAUUUUUACCUCGUCCCUUAUCAGUGGCAUGAUUAUUAAGAACCACACAAAAUUUACCCAAUAUGGUAUGGGAUAAUUUUAGUGAGAUCCUGAAAAGUUAAACCUAGGUAUGGACCCGGGCCGGUCCCGGGUUGGCUUUUUUUGUUGAAUGAUGGGUCCGGAACCGGCCCAAUGGUGAUAUCGGGUCCGGUCGGGGUCUGGCCUACCCGGCCGGGUUGUCGGCUGCUUCGGGCCGGACCAGGCCUCGGCUAGUUUUUUUUUUGAAUUCAGAUUAGUUGGGCAUAAAAAUUUAAACUGUAUUAAUUUGAAAUAUUUAACAAUUGAAAAUUUUGAAUAGGAGAUUUCGAAUUAACUAACAAUAAUUAACUAGUUUUUACAGUAGAUUAAUAAAUGCAACAAAUAACUAGUUUAAUAAAUUUUUUCGAUGCCAGAUAUUUAAUUUUAUUGCAUGUAGCGUGCAUAUAUUUUUUAUACACCAAGUAUAAUACAAAAUAUUUUGAUAUUACUUUUAUUUGAGUUAGGGUAAAAUAAUUAAAAUACCCAAACUUUGAAGAGGUGUGAGAUAAACACCCCAAACUUGCAUACGUAAUUUAAAUACCCCAAACUUUAUAUAAAAAAUUAGUGUAGCACCAUGAUAAAAAAUUAUUUCUUUCAAAAUUAAUAAUUCUUUGUGUUUAUAAUAUUUCGGAGUUAUGUUCGGAAUUAGGUUCGGAGUUAGGUUCGGAGCGAGGUUCGGAACGAGGUUCGGUUGUAGGUUCGAGGUUCGGUUUUAGGGUUUAGGUUUUGGUCUUAGGUUCGGUUUUAGGUUUGGUGAAAGAUUUUUGAGUCUUAAAGAAGAAUUUUUAGCUUUACAAUUUCUUCGAAUCAGCUUGAGAUGAUGAAACCAAAAUUUGAAUAAGAGCACGGAUUGAGGGCGUGGUACACAUAGAUGACUCCAAACGUAGCUCGGAAACUUCCCCAAGCCAAAGGAUUUCGCACAAAUCUACGUUUUUGCAAAAGUGAGAUCUUGGUUUGGUUUUAGGUUCGGAUUGACUCAUGUUCGGUUUGGAGUCAGGUUUGGUUUAAGGUUCGUUUUGAGGUUCGGUUUUAGCACAAAUCUACGUUUUUUCAAAAGUGAGAUUCUGUUUUGGUUUGGUUCGUUUUGAGGUUCAGAUGGACUCGGGUUCGGUUUGGAGUCAGGUUUGGUUUAAGAUUCGUAAGUUCUGUUUUAGGUUUCAGUUUUUGGUUCGGUCAGAGCUAGUUUCGUUUUUUUGUUUAGAUUGGGGUUAAGUUCUUUUGUUCUUUAGGUUUGACUUUGGGUUUGGUUUUUGGUUGUGGUUUGGGAGUCUGGUUUGGUUCGGAGUCUGGUUCGGAGUUAGGUUCGGAGUUAGGUUUGGUUAAGUCUGGGUCAUAGAUUCGGUUGUAGUAGGUUCGGAGUUAGGUUUGGAGUCAGAAAGGUUCGUUUGGGGUUUUAGGUUCUGUGUAAGGUUCAGAGUUAGGUUAUUUUUUGUUUUUAGGUUCCAGGCCAACCCAGCCUUCUAUCUCAUCACCUAUUAUUACUACCUCGUCCCUUAUCAGUGGCAUGAUUAUUAAGAACCACACAAACUUUACCCAAUAUGGUAUUAAAACUAGGUAUGGACCCGGGCCGGUCCCGGGCAGACUUUUUUGUUGAAUGAUGGGCCCGGAACCGGCCCAGGGUGAUAUCGGGUUCGGUCCGGGUCAGGCCUACCCGGCCGGGUUGUGGGCCUCGCUCAAGCCUAUUAUUAUACCGUGCUAGAGCCUCGCUCUUAGUUAAUCUAUGUCGUGCUAGAGCCCCACUCUUAGUCGUCGUUCUACGUUCGGUUUUAGGUUUGGCGAAAGAUUUUUGAGUCUUAAAGAAGAAUUUUUAGCUUUACAAUUUCUUCGGAUCAGCUUGAGAUGAUGAAAUCAAAAUUUGAAUAAGAGCUCGGAUUAAGGAGGGAGUGGUACACAUAGAUGACCUCCAAACGUAGCUCGGAAACUUCCCCGAGCCAAAGGAUUUCGCACAAAUCUACGUUUUUGCAAAAGUGAGAUUCUGUUUUGGUUUGGUUUUAGGUUCGGAUUGACUCAUGUUCAGUUUGGAGUCAGGUCUGGUCUAAGGUUCGUUUUGAGGUUCGGUGUUAGCACAAAUCUACGUUUUUGCAAAAGUGAGAUUCUGUUUUGGUUUGGUUUGUUUUGUGGUAUGGAUGGACUCAGGUUUGGUUCGGAGUGAGGUUUGGUUUAAUGUUCGUAAGUUCUGUUUUAGGUUUCAGUUUUUGGUUCUCUUUUGUUGUUUAGGUUUGACUUUUUGUUUGGUUUUUGGUUGUGGUUUGGGAGUUUGGUUAGGUUCGGAGUCAGGUUCGGAGUUGGGUUUGGUUAAGUCUGGGUCAUAGAUUCGGUUGUAGUAGGUCCGGAGUUAGGUUUGGAGUCAGAAAGGUUCGUUUGGGAUUUUAGGUUCUGUGUAAGGUUCAGAGUUAGGUUAUUUUUUGUUUUUAGGUUCGUUUGGGGUUUUAGAUUCUGUGUAAGGUUCAGAGGUUAUUUUUUGUUUUUAGGUUCCAGGCCAACCCAGCCUUCCAUCUCAUCACCUAUUAUUACUACCUCGUCCCUUAUCAGUGGCAUGAUUAUUAAGAACCACGCAAACUUUGCCCAAUAUGGUAUGGGACAAUUUUAGUAAGAUCCUGAAAAGUUAAAACUAGGUAUGGACCCGGGCCGGUCCCGGGUGGGCUUUUUUUGUUGAAUGAUGGGUCUGGAACUGGCCCAGGGCGAUAUCGGGUCCGGUCCGUGUUGGUCCUACCCGGCCGGGUUGUGGGCUGCUUCGGGCCGGACCAGGCCUGAGCUAGUUUUUUUUUUUUAAUUUCAGAUUAGUUGGGCAUAAAAAUUUAAACUGUAAUAAUUUGAAAUAUGAAACAAUUGGAAAUUUUGAAUUGCAGAUUUUGAAUUAACUAACUAUAAUUUACUAGUUUUUAUAGUAGAUUAAUAAAUGCAACAAUUAACUAGUUUAAAAAAUUUAUUCGAUGCCACAUAUUUAAUUUUAUUGCAUGUAGCGUGCAUAUAUUUUUAUACACCAAGUACAAUACAAAAUAUUUUGAUAUUACUUUUAUUUGAGUUAGGGGAAAAUAAUUAAAAUACCCCAAACUUUGAAGAGGUGUGAGAUAAACACCCCAAACUUGCAUACGUAAUUUAAAUACCUCAAACUUUAUAUAAAAAAUUAAUGUAGCACCAUGAUCAAGUAUUAUUUCUUUCAAAAUUAAUAAUUUUUUGUGUUUAUAAUAUUUCGGAGUUAGGUUCGGUGUUAGGUUCGGAGUCAGGUUCGGAACGAGGUUCAGAACGAGGUUCUGAGCGAGGUUCGGUUGUAGGUUUGGUUGCAGGUUCGAGGUUCGAGGUUCGGUUUUAGGUUCGAGGUUCGGUUUUAAGUUCGAGGUUCGAUUUUAGGUUCGAGGUUUGGUUUUAGGUUUAGGUUUUGGUCUUAGGUUCGGUUUUAGGUUUGGUGAAAGAUUUUUGAGUCUUAAACAAGAAUUUUUAGCUUUACAAUUUCUUCGGAUAAGCUUGAGAUGAUGAAACCAAAAUUUGAAUAAGAGCUCGGAUUAAGGAGGGAGUGGUACACAUAGAUGACUCCAAACGUAGCUCGGAAACUUCCCCAAGCCAAAGGAUUUCGCACAAAUCUACGUUUUUACAAAAGUGAGAUUCUGUUUUGGUUUGGUUUUAGGUUCGGAUUGACUCAUGUUCAGUUUGGAGUCAGGUCUAGUCUAAGGUUCGUUUUGAGGUUCGGUGUUGGCACAAAUCUACGUUUUUGCAAAAGUGAGAUUCUGUUUUGGUUUGGUUUGUUUUGUGGUAUGGAUGGACUCAGGUUUGGUUCGGAGUCAGGUUUGGUUUAAUGUUCGUAAAUUCUGUUUUAGGUUUCAGUUUUUGGUUCUCUUUUGUUGUUUAGGUUUGACUUUUUGUUUGGUUUUUGGUUGUGGUAUGGGAGUUUGGUUAGGUUCGGAGUCUGGUUCGGAGUUAGGUUCGGAGUUAGGUUUGGUUAAGUCUGCGUCAUAGAUUCGGUUGUAGUAGGUCCGGAGUUAGGUUUGGAGUCAGAAAGGUUCGUUUGGGGUUUUAGGUUCUGUGUAAGGUUCAGAGUUAGGUUAUUUUUUGUUUUUAGGUUCGUUUGGGGUUUUAGGUUCUGUGUAAGGUUCAGAGGUUAUUUUAAAACUAGGUAUGGACCCGGGCCGGUCCCGGGUGGGCUUUUUUUGUUGAAUGAUGGGUCUGGAACUAGCCCAGGGCGAUAUCGGGUCCGGUCCGGGUUGGUCCUACCUGGCCGGGUUGUGGGCUGCUUCGGGCCGGACCAGGCUUGGGCUAGUUUUUUUUUAAAUUCAGAUUAGUUGGGCAAAAAAAUUUAAACUGUAAUAAUUUGAAAUAUGAAACAAUUGGAAAUUUUGAAUUGGAGAUUUUGAAUUAACUAACAAUAAUUUACUAGUUUUUAUAGUAGAUUAAUAAAUGCAACAAUUAACUAGUUUAUUAAAUUUAUUCGAUGCCACAUAUUUAAUUUUAUUGCAUGUAGCGUGCAUAUAUUUUUAUACACCAAGUACAAUACAAAAUAUUUUGAUAUUACUUUUAUUUGAGUUAGGGGAAAAUAAUUAAAAUACCCCAAACUUUGAAGAGGUGUGAGAUAAACACCCCAAACUUGCAUACGUAAUUUAAAUACCUCAAACUUUAUAUAAAAAAUUAAUGUAGCACCAUGAUCAAGUAUUAUUUCUUUCAAAAUUAAUCAUUUUUUGUGUUUAUAAUAUUUUGGAGUUAGGUUCGGUGUUAGGUUCGGAGUCAGGUUCGGAACGAGGUUCUGAGCGAGGUUCGGUUGUAGGUUUGGUUGUAGGUUCGAGGUUAGGUUUUAGGUUCGAGGUUCGGUUUUAGGUUCGAGGUUUGGUUUUAGGGUUAAGGUUUUGGUCUUAGGUUCGGUUUUAGGUUUGGUGAAAGAUUUUUGAGUCUUAAAGAAGAAUUUUUAGCUUUACAAUUUCUUCGGAUAAGCUUGAGAUGAUGAAACCAAAAUUUGAAUAAGAGCUCGGAUUAAGGAGGGAGUGGUACACAUAGAUGACUCCAAACGUAGCUUGGAAACUUCCCCAAGCCAAAAGAUUUCGCACAAAUCUACGUUUGUGCAAAAGUGAGAUCCUGUUUUGGUUUGGUUUUAGGUUCGGAUUGACUCAUGUUCGGUUUGGAGUCAGGUUUGGUUUAAGGUUCGUUUUGAGGUUCGGUUUUAGCACAAAUCUACGUUUUUGCAAAAGUGAGAUUCUGUUUUGGUUUGGUUCGUUUUGAGGUUCGGAUGGACUCGGGUUGUGUUCGGGGUCAGGUUUGGUUUAAGGUUCGUAAGUUCUGUUUUAGGUUUCAGUUUUUAAUUCGGGCAGAGCUAGUUUCGUUUUUCUUUGUUUAGAUUUGGGUUAAGUUCUUUUGUUGUUUAGGUUUGACUUUUGGUUUGGUUUUUGGUUGUGGUUUGGGGGUCUGGUUUGGUUCGGAGUCAGGUUCGGAGUUAUGUUUGGUUAAGUCUGGGUCAUAUAUUAGGUUAUAGUAGGUCCGGAGUUAGGUUUGGAGUCAGAAAGGUUCGUUUGGGGUUUUAGGUUCUGUGUAAGGUUCAGAGAUAGGUUAUUUUUUGUUUUUAGGUUCCAGGCCAACCCAGCCUUCCAUCUCAUCACCUAUUAUUUUUACCUCGUCCCUUAUCAGUGGCAUGAUUAUUAAGAACCACACAAAAUUUACCCAAUAUGGUAUGGGAUAAUUUUAGUGAGAUCCUGAAAAGUUAAACCUAGGUAUGGACCCGGGCCGGUCCCGGGUUGGCUUUUUUUGUUGAAUGAUGGGUCCGGAACCGGCCCAAUGGUGAUAUCGGGUCCGGUCGGGGUCUGGCCUACCCGGCCGGGUUGUCGGCUGCUUCGUGCCGGACCAGGCCUCGGCUAGUUUUUUUUUUUGAAUUCAGAUUAGUUGGGCAUAAAAAUUUAAACUGUAUUAAUUUGAAAUAUUUAACAAUCGAAAAUUUUGAAUAGGAGAUUUCGAAUUAACUAACAAUAAUUAACUAGUUUUUACAGUAGAUUAAUAAAUGCAACAAAUAACUAGUUUAAUAAAUUUUUUCGAUGCCAGGUAUUUAAUUUUAUUGCAUGUAGCGUGCAUAUAUUUUUUAUACACCAAGUAUAAUACAAAAUAUUUUGAUAUUACUUUUAUUUGAGUUAGGGUAAAAUAAUUAAAAUACCCAAACUUUGAAGAGGUGUGAGAUAAACACCCCAAACUUGCAUACGUAAUUUAAAUACCCCAAACUUUAUAUAAAAAAUUAGUGUAGCACCAUGAUAAAAAAUUAUUUCUUUCAAAAUUAAUAAUUCUUUGUGUUUAUAAUAUUUCGGAGUUAUGUUCGGAAUUAGGUUCGGAGUUAGGUUCGGAGCGAGGUUCGGAACGAGGUUCGGUUGUAGGUUCGAGGUUCGGUUUUAGGGUUUAGGUUUAAGUCUUAGGUUCGGUUUUAGGUUUGGUGAAAGAUUUUUGAGUCUUAAAGAAGAAUUUUUAGCUUUACAAUUUCUUCGAAUCAGCUUGAGAUGAUGAAACCAAAAUUUGAAUAAGAGCACGGAUUGAGGGCGUGGUACACAUAGAUGACUCCAAACGUAGCUCGGAAACUUCCCCAAGCCAAAGGAUUUCGCACAAAUCUACGUUUUUGCAAAAGUGAGAUCUUGGUUUGGUUUUAGGUUCGGAUUGACUCAUGUUCGGUUUGGAGUCAGGUUUGGUUUAAGGUUCGUUUUGAGGUUCGGUUUUAGCACAAAUCUACGUUUUUUCAAAAGUGAGAUUCUGUUUUGGUUUGGUUCGUUUUGAGGUUCAGAUGGACUCGGGUUCGGUUUGGAGUCAGGUUUGGUUUAAGAUUCGUAAGUUCUGUUUUAGGUUUCAGUUUUUGGUUCGGUCAGAGCUAGUUUCGUUUUUUUGUUUAGAUUGGGGUUAAGUUCUUUUGUUCUUUAGGUUUGACUUUGGGUUUGGUUUUUGGUUGUGGUUUGGGAGUCUGGUUUGGUUCGGAGUCUGGUUCGGAGUUAGGUUCGGAGUUAGGUUUGGUUAAGUCUGGGUCAUAGAUUCGGUUGUAGUAGGUUCGGAGUUAGGUUUGGAGUCAGAAAGGUUCGUUUGGGGUUUUAGGUUCUGUGUAAGGUUCAGAGUUAGGUUAUUUUUUGUUUUUAGGUUCCAGGCCAACCCAGCCUUCUAUCUCAUCACCUAUUAUUACUACCUCGUCCCUUAUCAGUGGCAUGAUUAUUAAGAACCACACAAACUUUACCCAAUAUGGUAUUAAAACUAGGUAUGGACCCGGGCCGGUCCCGGGCAGACUUUUUUGUUGAAUGAUGGGCCCGGAACCGGCCCAGGGUGAUAUCGGGUUCGGUCCGGGUCAGGCCUACCCGGCCGGGUUGUGGGCCUCGCUCAAGCCUAUUAUUAUACCGUGCUAGAGCCUCGCUCUUAGUUAAUCUAUGUCGUGCUAGAGCCCCACUCUUAGUCGUCGUUCUACGUUCGGUUUUAGGUUUGGCGAAAGAUUUUUGAGUCUUAAAGAAGAAUUUUUAGCUUUACAAUUUCUUCGGAUCAGCUUGAGAUGAUGAAAUCAAAAUUUGAAUAAGAGCUCGGAUUAAGGAGGGAGUGGUACACAUAGAUGACCUCCAAACGUAGCUCGGAAACUUCCCCGAGCCAAAGGAUUUCGCACAAAUCUACGUUUUUGCAAAAGUGAGAUUCUGUUUUGGUUUGGUUUUAGGUUCGGAUUGACUCAUGUUCAGUUUGGAGUCAGGUCUGGUCUAAGGUUCGUUUUGAGGUUCGGUGUUAGCACAAAUCUACGUUUUUGCAAAAGUGAGAUUCUGUUUUGGUUUGGUUUGUUUUGUGGUAUGGAUGGACUCAGGUUUGGUUCGGAGUGAGGUUUGGUUUAAUGUUCGUAAGUUCUGUUUUAGGUUUCAGUUUUUGGUUCUCUUUUGUUGUUUAGGUUUGACUUUUUGUUUGGUUUUUGGUUGUGGUUUGGGAGUUUGGUUAGGUUCGGAGUCAGGUUCGGAGUUGGGUUUGGUUAAGUCUGGGUCAUAGAUUCGGUUGUAGUAGGUCCGGAGUUAGGUUUGGAGUCAGAAAGGUUCGUUUGGGAUUUUAGGUUCUGUGUAAGGUUCAGAGUUAGGUUAUUUUUUGUUUUUAGGUUCGUUUGGGGUUUUAGAUUCUGUGUAAGGUUCAGAGGUUAUUUUUUGUUUUUAGGUUCCAGGCCAACCCAGCCUUCCAUCUCAUCACCUAUUAUUACUACCUCGUCCCUUAUCAGUGGCAUGAUUAUUAAGAACCACGCAAACUUUGCCCAAUAUGGUAUGGGACAAUUUUAGUAAGAUCCUGAAAAGUUAAAACUAGGUAUGGACCCGGGCCGGUCCCGGGUGGGCUUUUUUUGUUGAAUGAUGGGUUUAGAACUGGCCCAGGGCGAUAUCGGGUCCGGUCCGUGUUGGUCCUACCCGGCCGGGUUGUGGGCUGCUUCGGGCCGGACCAGGCCUGAGCUAGUUUUUUUUUUAAUUUCAGAUUAGUUGGGCAUAAAAAUUUAAACUGUAAUAAUUUGAAAUAUGAAACAAUUGGAAAUUUUGAAUUGCAGAUUUUGAAUUAACUAACUAUAAUUUACUAGUUUUUAUAGUAGAUUAAUAAAUGCAACAAUUAACUAGUUUAAAAAAUUUAUUCGAUGCCACAUAUUUAAUUUUAUUGCAUGUAGCGUGCAUAUAUUUUUAUACACCAAGUACAAUACAAAAUAUUUUGAUAUUACUUUUAUUUGAGUUAGGGGAAAAUAAUUAAAAUACCCCAAACUUUGAAGAGGUGUGAGAUAAACACCCCAAACUUGCAUACGUAAUUUAAAUACCUCAAACUUUAUAUAAAAAAUUAAUGUAGCACCAUGAUCAAGUAUUAUUUCUUUCAAAAUUAAUAAUUUUUUGUGUUUAUAAUAUUUCGGAGUUAGGUUCGGUGUUAGGUUCGGAGUCAGGUUCGGAACGAGGUUCGGAACGAGGUUCUGAGCGAGGUUCGGUUGUAGGUUUGGUUGCAGGUUCGAGGUUCGAGGUUCGGUUUUAGGUUCGAGGUUCGGUUUUAAGUUCGAGGUUCGAUUUUAGGUUCGAGGUUUGGUUUUAGGGUUUAGGUUUUGGUCUUAGGUUCGGUUUUAGGUUUGGUGAAAGAUUUUUGAGUCUUAAACAAGAAUUUUUAGCUUUACAAUUUCUUCGGAUAAGCUUGAGAUGAUGAAACCAAAAUUUGAAUAAGAGCUCGGAUUAAGGAGGGAGUGGUACACAUAGAUGACUCCAAACGUAGCUCGGAAACUUCCCCAAGCCAAAGGAUUUCGCACAAAUCUACGUUUUUGCAAAAGUGAGAUUCUGUUUUGGUUUGGUUUUAGGUUCGGAUUGACUCAUGUUCAGUUUGGAGUCAGGUCUAGUCUAAGGUUCGUUUUGAGGUUCGGUGUUGGCACAAAUCUACGUUUUUGCAAAAGUGAGAUUCUGUUUUGGUUUGGUUUGUUUUGUGGUAUGGAUGGACUCAGGUUUGGUUCGGAGUCAGGUUUGGUUUAAUGUUCGUAAAUUCUGUUUUAGGUUUCAGUUUUUGGUUCUCUUUUGUUGUUUAGGUUUGACUUUUUGUUUGGUUUUUGGUUGUGGUAUGGGAGUUUGGUUAGGUUCGGAGUCUGGUUCGGAGUUAGGUUCGGAGUUAGGUUUGGUUAAGUCUGCGUCAUAGAUUCGGUUGUAGUAGGUCCGGAGUUAGGUUUGGAGUCAGAAAGGUUCGUUUGGGGUUUUAGGUUCUGUGUAAGGUUCAGAGUUAGGUUAUUUUUUGUUUUUAGGUUCGUUUGGGGUUUUAGGUUCUGUGUAAGGUUCAGAGGUUAUUUUAAAACUAGGUAUGGACCCGGGCCGGUCCCGGGUGGGCUUUUUUUGUUGAAUGAUGGGUCUGGAACUGGCCCAGGGCGAUAUCGGGUCCGGUCCGGGUUGGUCCUACCUGGCCGGGUUGUGGGCUGCUUCGGGCCGGACCAGGCUUGGGCUAGUUUUUUUUUAAAUUCAGAUUAGUUGGGCAAAAAAAUUUAAACUGUAAUAAUUUGAAAUAUGAAACAAUUGGAAAUUUUGAAUUGGAGAUUUUGAAUUAACUAACAAUAAUUUACUAGUUUUUAUAGUAGAUUAAUAAAUGCAACAAUUAACUAGUUUAAUAAAUUUAUUCGAUGCCACAUAUUUAAUUUUAUUGCAUGUAGCGUGCAUAUAUUUUUAUACACCAAGUACAAUACAAAAUAUUUUGAUAUUACUUUUAUUUGAGUUAGGGGAAAAUAAUUAAAAUACCCCAAACUUUGAAGAGGUGUGAGAUAAACACCCCAAACUUGCAUACGUAAUUUAAAUACCUCAAACUUUAUAUAAAAAAUUAAUGUAGCACCAUGAUCAAGUAUUAUUUCUUUCAAAAUUAAUCAUUUUUUGUGUUUAUAAUAUUUUGGAGUUAGGUUCGGUGUUAGGUUCGGAGUCAGGUUCGGAACGAGGUUCUGAGCGAGGUUCGGUUGUAGGUUUGGUUGUAGGUUCGAGGUUAGGUUUUAGGUUCGAGGUUCGGUUUUAGGUUCGAGGUUUGGUUUUAGGGUUAAGGUUUUGGUCUUAGGUUCGGUUUUAGGUUUGGUGAAAGAUUUUUGAGUCUUAAAGAAGAAUUUUUAGCUUUACAAUUUCUUCGGAUAAGCUUGAGAUGAUGAAACCAAAAUUUGAAUAAGAGCUCGGAUUAAGGAGGGAGUGGUACACAUAGAUGACUACAAACGUAGCUUGGAAACUUCCCCAAGCCAAAGGAUUUCGCACAAAUCUACGUUUGUGCAAAAGUGAGAUCCUGUUUUGGUUUGGUUUUAGGUUCGGAUUGACUCAUGUUCGGUUUGGAGUCAGGUUUGGUUUAAGGUUCGUUUUGAGGUUCUGUUUUAGCACAAAUCUACGUUUUUGCAAAAGUGAGAUUCUGUUUUGGUUUGGUUCGUUUUGAGGUUCGGAUGGACUCGGGUUGGGUUCGGGGUAAGGUUUGGUUUAAGGUUCGUAAGUUCUUUUUUAGGUUUCAGUUUUUGGUUCGGUCAGAGCUAGUUUCGUUUUUUUUUUGUUUAGAUUGGGGUUAAGUUCUUUUGUUGUUUAGGUUUGACUUUUGGUUUGGUUUUUGGUUGUGGUUUGGGGGUCUGGUUUGGUUCGGAAUCAGGUUCGGAGUUAUGUUUGGUUAAGUCUGGGUCAUAUAUUAGGUUAUAGUAGGUCCGGAGUUAGGUUUGGAGUCAGAAAGGUUCGUUUGGGGUUUUAGGUUCUGUGUAAGGUUCAGAGAUAGGUUAUUUUUUUUUUUAGGUUCCAGGCCAACCCAACCUUCCAUCUCAUCACCUAUUAUUUUUACCUCGUCCCAUAUCAGUGGCAUGAUUAUUAAGAACCACACAAACUUUACCCAAUAUGGUAUGGGAUAAUUUUAGUGAGAUCCUGAAAAGUUAAACCUAGGUAUGGACCCGGGCCGGUCCCGGGUUGGCUUUUUUUGUUGAAUGAUGGGUCCGGAACCGGCCCAAUGGUGAUAUCGGGUCCGGUCGGGGUCUGGCCUACCCGGCCGGGUUGUCGGCUGCUUCGGGCCGGACCAGGCCUCGGCUAGUUUUUUUUUUAAAUUCAGAUUAGUUGGGCAUAAAAAUUUAAACUGUAUUAAUUUGAAAUAUUUAACAAUUGAAAAUUUUGAAUAGGAGAUUUCGAAUUAACUAACAAUAAUUAACUAGUUUUUAUAGUAGAUUAAUAAAUGCAACAAUUAACUAGUUUAAUAAAUUUUUUCGAAGCCACAUAUUUAAUUUUAUUGCAUGUAGCGUGCAUAUAUUUUUUAUACACCAAGUAUAAUACAAAAUAUUUUGAUAGUACUUUUUUUCGAGUUAGGGGAAAAUAAUUAAAAUACCCAAACUUUGAAGAGGUGUGAGAUAAACACCCCAAACUUGCAUACGUAAUUUAAAUACCCCAAACUUUAUAUAAAAAAUUAGUGUAGCACCAUGAUAAAAAAUUAUUUCUUUCAAAAUUAAUAAUUCUUUGUGUUUAUAAUAUUUCGGAGUUAUGUUCAGAAUUAGGUUCGGAGUUAGGUUCGGAGCGAGGUUCGGAACGAGGUUCGGUUGUAGGUUCGAGGUUCGGUUUUAGGGUUUAGGUUUUGGUCUUAGGUUCGGUUUUAGGUUUGGUGAAAGAUUUUUGAGUCUUAAAGAAGAAUUUUUAGCUUUACAAUUUCUUCGGAUCAACUUGAGAUGAUGAAACCAAAAUUUGAAUAAGAGCACGGAUUGAGGGAGUGGUACACAUAGAUGACUCCAAACGUAGCUCGGAAACUUCCCCAAGCCAAAGGAUUUCGCACAAAUCUACGUUUUUGCAAAAGUGAGAUCUUGGUUUGGUUUUAGGUUCGGAUUGACUCAUGUUCGGUUUGGAGUCAGGUUUGGUUUAAGGUUCGUUUUGAGGUUCGGUUUUAGCACAAAUCUACGUUUUUUCAAAAGUGAGAUUCUGUUUUGGUUUGGUUCGUUUUGAGGUUCCGAUGGACUCAGGUUCGGUUCGGAGUCAGGUUUGGUUUAAGGUUCGUAAGUUCUGUUUUAGGUUUCAGUUUUUGGUUCGGUCAGAGCUAGUUUCGUUUUUUUGUUUAGAUUGGGGUUAAUUCUUUUAGUCUUUAGGUUUGACUUUGGGUUUGGUUUUUGGUUGUGGUUUGGGAGUCUGGUUUGGUUCGGAGUCUGGUUCGGAGUCAGGUUCGGAGUUAGGUUUGGUUAAGUCUGGGUCAUAGAUUCGGUUGUAGUAGGUCCGGAGUUAGGUUUGGAGUCAGAAAGGUUCGUUUGGGGUUUUAGGUUCUGUGUAAGGUUCAGAGUUAGGUUAUUUUUUGUUUUUAGGUUCCAGGCCAACCCAGCCUUCCAUCUCAUCACCUAUUAUUACUACCUCGUCCCUUAUCAGUGGCAUGAUUAUUAAGAACCACAAAAACUUUACCCAAUAUGGUAUUAAAACUAGGUAUGGACCCGGGCCGGUCCCGGGCAGACUUUUUUUGUUGAAUGAUGGGCCCGGAACCGGCCCAGGGUGAUAUCGGGUUCGGUCCGGGUCAGGCCUACCCGGCCGGGUUGUGGGCCUCGCUCAAGCCUAUUAUUAUACCGUGCUAGAGCCUCGCUCUUAGUUAAUCUAUGUCGUGCUAGAGCCCCACUCUUAGUCGUCGUUCUACGUUCGGUUUUAGGUUUGGCGAAAGAUUUUUGAGUCUUAAAGAAGAAUUUUUAGCUUUACAAUUUCUUCGGAUCAGCUUGAGAUGAUGAAAUCAAAAUUUGAAUAAGAGCUCGGAUUAAGGAGGGAGUGGUACACAUAGAUGACCUCCAAACGUAGCUCGGAAACUUCCCCGAGCCAAAGGAUUUCGCACAAAUCUACGUUUUUGCAAAAGUGAGAUUCUGUUUUGGUUUGGUUUUAGGUUCGGAUUGACUCAUGUUCAGUUUGGAGUCAGGUCUGGUCUAAGGUUCGUUUUGAGGUUCGGUGUUAGCACAAAUCUACGUUUUUGCAAAAGUGAGAUUCUGUUUUGGUUUGGUUUGUUUUGUGGUAUGGAUGGACUCAGGUUUGGUUCGGAGUGAGGUUUGGUUUAAUGUUCGUAAGUUCUGUUUUAGGUUUCAGUUUUUGGUUCUCUUUUGUUGUUUAGGUUUGACUUUUUGUUUGGUUUUUGGUUGUGGUUUGGGAGUUUGGUUAGGUUCGGAGUCAGGUUCGGAGUUGGGUUUGGUUAAGUCUGGGUCAUAGAUUCGGUUGUAGUAGGUCCGGAGUUAGGUUUGGAGUCAGAAAGGUUCGUUUGGGAUUUUAGGUUCUGUGUAAGGUUCAGAGUUAGGUUAUUUUUUGUUUUUAGGUUCGUUUGGGGUUUUAGGUUCUGUGUAAGAUUCAGAGGUUAUUUUUUGUUUUUAGGUUCCAGGCCAACCCAGCCUUCCAUCUCAUCACCUAUUAUUACUACCUCGUCCCUUAUCAGUGGCAUGAUUAUUAAGAACCACGCAAACUUUGCCCAAUAUGGUAUGGGACAAUUUUAGUAAGAUCCUGAAAAGUUAAAACUAGGUAUGGACCCGGCCGGUCCCGGGUGGGCUUUUUUUGUUGAAUGAUGGGUCUGGAACUGGCCCAGGGCGAUAUCGGGUCCGGUCCGGGUUGGUCCUACCGGGCCGGGUUGUGGGCUGCAUCGGGCCGGACCAGGCCUGAGCUAGUUUUUUUUUUAAAUUCAGAUUAGUUGGGCAUAAAAAUUUAAACUGUAAUAAUUUGAAAUAUGAAACAAUUGGAAAUUUUGAAUUGGAGAUUUUGAAUUAACUAACAAUAAUUUACUAGUUUUUAUAGUAGAUUAAUAAAUGCAACAAUUAACUAGUUUAAUAAAUUUAUUCGAUGCCACAUAUUUAAUUUUAUUGCAUGUAGCGUGCAUAUAUUUUUAUACACCAAGUACAAUACAAAAUAUUUUGAUAUUACUUUUAUUUGAGUUAGGGGAAAAUAAUUAAAAUACCCCAAACUUUGAAGAGGUAUGAGAUAAACACCCCAAACUUGCAUACGUAAUUUAAAUACCUCAAACUUUAUAUAAAAAAUUAAUGUAGCACCAUGAUCAAGUAUUAUUUCUUUCAAAAUUAAUAAUUUUUUGUGUUUAUAAUAUUUCGGAGUUAGGUUCAGUGUUAGGUUCGGAGUCAGGUUCGGAACGAGGUUCUGAGCGAGGUUCGGUUGUAGGUUUGGUUGCAGGUUCGAGGUUCGAGGUUCGGUUUUAGGUUCGAGGUUCGGUUUUAAGUUCGAGGUUCGAUUUUAGGUUCGAGGUUUGGUUUUAGGGUUUAGGUUUUGGUCUUAGGUUCGGUUUUAGGUUUGGUGAAAGAUUUUUGAGUCUUAAAGAAGAAUUUUUAGCUUUACAAUUUAUUCGGAUAAGCUUGAGAUGAUGAAACCAAAAUUUGAAUAAGAGCUCGGAUUAAGGAGGGAGUGGUACACAUAGAUGACUCCAAACGUAGCUCGGAAACUUCCCCAAGCCAAAGGAUUUCGCACAAAUCUACGUUUUUGCAAAAGUGAGAUCCUGUUUUGGUUUGGUUUUAGGUUCGGAUUGACUCAUGUUCGGUUUGGAGUCAGGUUUGGUUUAAGGUUCGUUUUGAGGUUCGGUUUUAGCACAAAUCUACGUUUUUGCAAAAGUGAGAUUCUGUUUUGGUUUGGUUCGUUUUGAGGUUCGGUUUUAGCACAAAUCUACGUUUUUGCAAAAGUGAGAUUCUGUUUUGGUUUGGUUCGUUUUGAGGUUCGGAUGGACUCAGGUUCGGUUCGAAGUCAGGUUUGGUUUAAGGUUCGUAAGUUCUGUUUUAGGUUUCAGUUUUUGGUUCGGUUAGAGCUAGUUUCGUUUUUUUUUGUUUAGAUUGGGGUUAAGUUCUUUUGUUGUUUAGGUUUGACUUUUGGUUUGGUUUUUGGUUGUGGUUUGGGAGUCUGGUUUGGUUCGGAGUCAGGUUCGGAGUUAUGUUUGGUUAAGUUUGGGUCAUAUAUUAGGUUAUAGUAGGUCCGGAGUUAGGUUUGGAGUCAGAAAGGUUCGUUUGGGGUUUUAGGUUCUCUGUAAGGUUCAGAGUUAGGUUAUUUUUUGUUUUUAGGUUCUAGGCCAACCCAGCCUUCCAUCUCAUCACCUAUUAUUACUACCUCGUCCCUUAUCAGUGACAUGAUUAUUAAGAACCACACAAACUUUACCCAAUAUGGUAUGAGACAAUUUUAGUGAGAUCUUGAAAAGUUAAACCUAGGUAUGGACCCGGACCGGUCCCAGUUUGGCUUUUUUUGUUGAAUGAUGGGUCCGGAACCGGCCCAAUGGUGAUAUCGGGUCCGGUCCGGGUCGGGUCUACCCGGCCAGGUUGUCGGCUGCUUCGGGCCGGACCAGGCCUCAGCUAGUCUUUUUUUUAAAUUCAGAUUAGUUGGGCAUAAAAAUUUAAACUGUAUUAAUUUGAAAUAUGUAACAAUUGAAAAUUUUGAAUAGGAGAUUUCGAAUUAACUAACAAUAAUUAACUAGUUUUUACAGUAGAUUAAUAAAUGCAACAAAUAACUAGUUUAAUAAAUUUUUUCGAUGCCACAUAUUUAAUUUUAUUGCAUGUAGCGUGCAUAUAUUUUUUAUACACCAAGUAUAAUACAAAAUAUUUUGAUAUUACUUUUAUUUGAGUUAGGGUAAAAUAAUUAAAAUACCCAAACUUUGAAGAGGUGUGAGAUAAACACCCCAAACUUGCAUACGUAAUUUAAAUACCCCAAACUUUAUAUAAAAAAUUAGUGUAGCACCAUGAUAAAAAAUUAUUUCUUUCAAAAUUAAUAAUUCUUUGUGUUUAUAAUAUUUCGGAGUUAUGUUCGGAAUUAGGUUCUGAGUUAGGUUCAAAGGUUCGGAACGAGGUUCGAAGCGAGGUUCGGUUGUAGGUUCGGUUGUAGGUUCGAGGUUCGGUUUUAGGUUCGAGGUUCGGUUUGAAGUUUGAGGUUCGGUUUUAGGGUUUAGGUUUUGGUCUUAGGUUCGGUUUUAGGUUUGGUGAAAGAUUUUUGAGUCUUAAAGAAGAAUUUUUAGCUUUACAAUUUCUUCGGAUCAACUUGAGAUGAUGAAACCAAAAUUUGAAUAAGAGCACGGAUUGAGGAGGGAGUUGUACACAUAGAUGACUCCAAACGUAGCUCGGAAACUUCCCCAAGCCAAAGGAUUUCGCACAAAUCUACGUUUUUGCAAAAGUGAGAUCCUGUUUUGGUUUGGUUUUAGGUUCGGAUUGACUCAUGUUCGGUUUGGAGUCAGGUUUGGUUUAAGGUUCGUUUUGAGGUUCGGUUUUAGCACAAAUCUACGUUUUUUCAAAAGUGAGAUACUGUUUUGGUUUGGUUCGUUUUGAGGUUCAGAUGGACUCGGGUUCGGUUCGGAGUCAGGUUUGGUUUAAGGUUCGUAAGUUCUGUUUUAGGUUUCAGUUUUCGGUUCGGUCAGAGCUAGUUUCGUUUUUUUGUUUAGAUUGGGGUUAAGUUCUUUUGUUCUUUAGGUUUGACUUUGGGUUGGUUUUUGGUUGUGGUUUGGUAGUCUGUUUUGGUUCGGAGUAUGGUUCGGAGUCAGGUUCAGAGUUAGGUUUGGUUAAGUCUGGGUCAUAGAUUCGGUUGUAGUAGGUCCGGAGUUAGGUUUGGAGUCAGAAAGGUUCGUUUGGGGUUUUAGGUUCUGUGUAAGGUUCAGAGUUAGGUUAUUUUUUGUUUUUAGGUUCCAGGCCAACCCAGCCUUCCAUCUCAUCACCUAUUAUUACUACCUCGUCCCUUAUGAGUGGCAUGAUUAUUAAGAACCACACAAACUUUACCCAAUAUGGUAUUAAAACUAGGUAUGGACCCGGGCCGGUCCCGAGCAGACUUUUUUUGUUGAAUGAUGGGCCCGGAACCGGCCCAGGGUGAUAUCGGGUCCGGUCCGGGUCAGGCCUACCCGGCCGGGUUGUGGGCCUCGCUCAAGCCUAUUAUUAUACCGUGCUAGAGCCUCGCUCUUAGUUAAUCUAUGUCGUGCUAGAGCCCCACUCUUAGUCGUCAUUCUACGUUAGGCUACAGCCUCCCUCUUAGUCAGUCUACGUUUAUGGUAGAGCCUCGCUCUUAGUCAUCUACAUUAGGCUGGAGCCCCACCUUAGUCAAUCUACAUUUAUGCUAGAGCCUUGCUAUUAGUCAUCUACAUUUGGCUAGAGCCUCGCUCUUAGUCAAUCUACAUUUAUGUUAGAGCCUCGCUCUUAAUCAUCCACAUUAGGCUAGAGCCCCGCUCUUAGUCAAUCUACAUUUGGCUAGAGUACCGCUCUUAGUCAAUUUACAUUUGUGCUAGAGCCUCGCUCUUAGUCAUCUACAUUUGGCUAGAGCCUCGCUCUUAGUCAAUCUACAUUUAUGCUAGAACCUCGCUCUUAGUCAUCCACAUUAGACUAGAGCCCCACUCUUAGUCAAUCUACAUUUGUGCUAGAGUCUCGCUCUUAGUCAUCUACAUUAGGCUAGAGCCCCGCUCUUAGCCAAUCUAUUCGAUUCCUAAGCCAAUGUUGUGCCUAGAAUCAAUUUACCUUGAGUAGCCUUUAAGGCCUACUCCUAACAUAUCUUAGAGCUUGUAUAUUUCGACCUUUAAGUAUCUCUUAAGACUACUUAAGGCAUCUCUAUUCACAAUCAUAUCUCUUAGGAUUAAUUUCAUCAUUUAUUUAUAUUAAUCUCCCGACUAGUAUUUCAAUACUAGUCGGAUAAUCUUAGAACAAUCAAGUUCCUAAUUCAUAAUCAACAUUUCAUUUCAAUUGAUUCCCCAGUCCAAAUACAAUUUAAUCUCAAUAUCUGAAAUAUCAACUUUAUCCAUUCAUGAAUUCUAUACAUGAACUAAAAGUAUAUUUUUAUCACAAUAUUUUCAUAGUUAAUUCCAUUUUCAUGCUAUCUCUUUCAUAUCACAUAAUCAUACACAAUUUCUUCCAAAUUUGUAUAUCAUGCUUCCUCUACUCAUAAACAAUAGCAUUUUCAUUUAGGCAUUAUUAAUCAUUAAUAAUCCGUGAAAAUCACAUUUUAUUACUUUAGGUAAUCUUAUGAAAUUAACCCACUAAUUAUAAGCAAUAUAGUCAGUCAUCCUCACCUCAAAUAUGUCCAACAAGCCUUCCUAUUGAAGCCCCAUCGUUAAACCUUCGAUCGAGGAUGAUCCGAGAUAGACUUGGCUGGCAGAGGGCAAAAGCUGCCCGGAUUUUGCAAAAGCUGUCCGGCUUUCGGGCCCUGCAGCACGAAAAUAGCUCCUAGCAAUGGUGGUUUCCGACGAUUUCGAUUCCUAUCGAUUCCAACACUCUUCUAAGUUAAAUACCAACACUUUAUAUCAUUUUCUACACCUUUAAAAU